GCCAGUAUGCAGUCAGUACUGGUGUGUGUUUGUGGGAAUAGGCUAAGCCUAAGCACCCAAAAACUCACAUUUUGUUAUUUCUUCUUCUUUCUCUUGUUGGUGGUUAAGAAUGGCUGCUGCCGCAGCUCUUUUAUCUCUUUCUCUACCUAAGCUCAAUUUGGUAAAUAAAGCCAGCACUUGUGUUGCUGACACUCUUGAACAGAGAUUUGGUCGUAAAGGCAUCAAAUUUUCAGAGCCAGGGGAUGUUGAGCUGACUGUUAGAAAUGGAAGUUCAGUCAAACUACACAUACCCAAUGCCCAUGUCACUUCUUACAAGCCAAAAGUUUAUUGGAAAGAUGAUGGCUUUGAGGAAGUUCUUUAUACCCUUCCUCCUCCUCCUCCUUCUUCUUCUUCUUCUUCUACUAAUUCAAGAGGUGGCAUUGGUUUGUUAAUCAAUGAAAUCUUGGAGCCUAAUCCCCAAGCAAAGACAACAGCAGCAGCAGCAGCAGCUUCUGAGUGGACUGUCACAGAUGUUGAUUCUGACUCUAUUGAUGCUCUCCAGGUUGAAUUGAGCUGCAGCCGAGGGACUCUGGAUAUUAACUAUGUGAUGUCACUCUAUCCACUGAGCAUGGCAACGGCAGUUAUAGUGAAGAACAAUGGCAAAAAGCCUGUCAAGUUAACGACUGCUAUACUAAGCCAUUUGAAGUCCAAGACAAGAGGAGGGACAGGAAUACAAGGACUCCGGAGCUGCACUUAUUGCACACAUCCUCCUUUGCCUUCUUCGUUUGAAAUUUUAUCUCCAGCCGAAGCUAUGAAAACUGAGGAACCUGAUCUUUUCUCUUUUGGUUGGGAGCCAGAAAAGAAGCCCGGCAUAUGGUCGACUCAAGAUGUGCCCAUCACUGUCCUCAAGCACAAGCUCAGUAGACUUUACAGUGUUCCACCACACGAAAAAGCAAAGGAAUUUUAUAAUUCAAUACCUUCAAAAUAUGAAACCAUCGAUCAGGGUCGUGAGCUCUUCUUCAGGAUAAUACGUAUGGGAUUUGAAGAUAUUUACUUAUCAAGUCCAGGUUCAUUUUCAGACAAGUAUGGGAAGGAUUACUUUAUCUGCACAGGCCCUGCUUCAAUGUUGGUUCCUCUUGUUGUAAAUCCUGGUGAAGAGUGGAAAGGAGCACAAGUUAUUGAGCAUGAUAAUUUAUGAUGUUGUCAUCUAGAACUGCAGGACUUCUUCUUUUUUUUCACAUAUAUCUUUAUUUUACAAGCUUGUUGUACCUCCUGAAUUCUUCGUCAAUAUUAUCCAAUGUCAAAUGUACUUGGUUAUUCCUCAAGAAAAAAUUACUGCACUAUCGCUUGAAAAGACCUUUUUAGUACUGUUUUUGCUCCACCUGAAGAGUAAUUGUAAUUAUCAUUCCAAAAUACAAAUGCAUUUGGGGAA